ACGCAUGUCAAAGGUGUCAAGCAGUUUGUUUACUUCCGGUUUGACAUCAUAUGGUAAAAAGAAGUUGAUCUUUUACUAAUUACUUAAGAUGGGAUGAAAAAUUAUAUGCAGUAAGGGUACCCAGUUAUGAAAUCAUUGGAUUUUGUGUACAAUGAAGGCAAGAUGGGUACCAAAUAUACAGAAAGUGAUCCUAUUCAUGGUAGUAUUAGUGAUAUUGCUUCAAGUUUAUCACAUCUACCUAAUGGGACAACUGGAAGAAUUCAAAGAUACAAAGAAUUACUCGAAUUCUGUGUGGGAUGAUAUAAUGCAGAAAGUUCGAGAUGCUUACAAAACUGAUAGCAGUGGAUUCUACUUCCUUGUGCCCAAUAUUCUUGGAGGUAGCCAACAACAUUCCUCGGAUUCAUUUGACCUUGCUCUGGUGACCCACACCACUUCCAAUCAUCUUCAUAACCUUGUGCAAUUAAGCGAGAGGUGGGCGGGACCUAUCUCUGUUUCAGUCUUCACACAUAGUCAUGAUGCUGAAUUUGCGCUUCAACUCAUUCAGAAUUUAUACAUGUGUUACAGACACAUUCAGCUCAAUGUUUUUUUCCAUUUAGUUUUCCCUGUCUCAAGCCAUGCCAAAAUAACAAAAAUUCCAUACCAUGAUGUGGACUGUAGUGAAGAAUAUUCUGUCAAAUCAACCAGUCAAAACUUUGUCCUUGAGGACAAAUUAAAAUACCCACAUAAUGUUCUUAGAAACCUUGCCAUAAAAACUGUGGCAGCCAAAUUUGUUCUUUCUAUUGAUAUAGACAUAUACCCUUCAGCAAAUCUGCUACAUUCAUUCCAGAGGGAUGUUUUGCCCUCCAGUACUGUUGAUUAUAGGACAGCAUAUAUUUUACCCAUUUUUGAAAUAGAUGAAAAUCAAGAUAUUCCCUCCACCAAACAAAAGCUCUUGCAAAAUAAAAAUAUUCACCCAUUUUAUGCAAAUGUGUGCCAUUGGUGUCAAUUUGCAACAGAUUAUCAUAGAUGGGAAUCCCUCGGGAGCAAUGAAAAACUAGAAGUGGCAUAUGAAGUUCAGUGGAAACUCCCAUACGAGCCAUUCUUUAUUGCACAUAAGUCAUCACUACCACUCUACGAGGAAAGAUUCAAACAGUAUGGUUACAACAGAGUUAGCCAGAUCUGUGAGAUGUACGUUGCUGGAUACAAGUUUUUUGUAUUGAACAAUGCUUUCCUAGUUCACAAAGGUCAGAAGAAAAAGGACAAAUUUUACUCGGACAAAAAGAAAGACCAUAAAGAAAAUAAAGCUCUCUUCCAAGACUUUAAAGAGGAACUGAAGUCAAGAUAUCCAGAUUCAGCAAGAACUUGUUAAUGAUCAAGAGAUUACAAGAAAUAUAUUAAAAAAAUUAUUAAAAGAAAACAAAUGAUUUGUUUUUUCUUUCUUAUUUAAAAUGAACGACAACAAUAAAACAAUGGCAUCAAAUAAAUAAAUUCAAGAUGUACAUGUAUUCACUAGAAAGAUAAUG